AUGAUGGCUAUUCGCUUGCCCCGUAUUCUUCAAGUUAAGCAAAAUAUUCUUCGAGGAUCAUCUGCGGCUAAAGAUGUCCGAAAAGGCUACAUUGCAGUAUAUGUUGGAGAAGAAGAGAAGAAAAGAUUUGUGAUUCCAGUAUCAUACUUGAACCAACCUUCAUUUCGGGACCUACUAAGUAAAGCUGAAGAAGAAUUUGGAUUCGAACAUCCAAUGGGUGGCCUUACGAUCCCUUGUCGAGAAGACAUCAUUAUCGAUUUCACCUCUAGCUUGAAGGACUAACAUAGAUUAGAGAAAACAAUUUUGUAGGAUGUAGAAUACAUUCCAAAUAUCAUGUACAGAAUUUACUCUCUCUAGUCCUAGAGAAGGAGAAAUAUUUGUCCCCUCCACAAACCAUGGAUCCAACUUUGUUGUAUAAACGAAAAGGAAAGCAUUACUGAAACUUUUUUGUUCAUGAGAUUCAGAAAUAUUUUCCCUUUGAUGUCU